GCAGAGAACGUAGCCAUCAAUGGUGGUUUGAAAGAGAUGUCACUGAUUCGACGGUUGGCGCCGUCGUUGGCAGCGCGAUUUCGACAGAACGAGAGGUUUCUGAACUUUUCUUCUUCUUCUUCCUCUGUUCUUCACCACGCCACCUCUUCUUCCUACGUGGAACCCGUUCACAUCACCGAAAACUGCGUUCGGAGAAUGAAGGAGUUGGAAGCCAGUGAAUCAACAACAAGUAGAAAAAUGCUUCGUUUGAGUGUUGAAACUGGUGGUUGUUCUGGAUUUCAGUAUGCUUUUGAUCUUGAUGAUGACAGUGUCAACUCAGAUGACAGAGUUUUUGAGAAGGAAGGAAUUAAACUGGUUGUUGAUAGUGUUUCGUACGAUUUUGUGAAAGGCGCGACUGUUGAUUAUGUUGAGGAACUAAUCCGUUCAGCUUUCGUGGUGACAGAAAACCCUAGUGCAGUUGGUGGUUGCAGUUGUAAAAGUUCCUUCAUGGUGAAACAAUAGUCAAUUUUAUGUAGUGGAACUAGAUUCUUUUAGGACACAUGAUUUUUGUAUACCUCAACAAACGAUUGAUUGAACUGAAGAUUAAAGUUAUUGGCUGUACAAUGAUGUCAAUAAUCAAUGUAGCAUUUUGUUGUAAGUAAUAAGUUGUCAGCCAUUUUCAACUAACAAUAUGUUUGGAUUUGCAGUUGAUACAGCAAGAAUUGCAUAUAUUGUUCAAAAAGCUACUAUUUCUUUACU